CACCAAAUUCAUCUGUCCUCUAUCCCUGUUGGACACCAGGUGGGCACUUCACAUUUGUCAGUGGCAUCAUUCUGAGAUACUGAUGCUGACUCUUCGUAGACACAUCCAUGAGAUAUUUUGGUUGAACCAAAGGUAGAACAAUCAGCAGAUAGUAACAGGAAUUGAUGAGCACCCCCAAAAGAUGGAGACGUUCAGAGACAAGACUGUAGAUGAAUUGAAAGAACUGCAGGAAAAUGUGGAAGAGAUUGAGUGGUUGGCCUUGGAGUCUAAUGAGGUCCAGAAUAUACAGUUGCAAAGGGAGAUGGCUCUGGCCACAAACCGUAGCCUGGCAGAGCAGAACCUGAAGUUCCAGGAGCCCCUGGAAACCGGACGUGCAAACCUCUCGGACAGAUACCGGGAUCUGCAGCAACUGAUGGAGCGGUGCCAGGAGCAGAAGUCAAAGCUGGAGCAAUUCUCAACAGCAACACAGCCGGAUACCCUGUUAAAUCUUCUGAAGGUGGAAGGGCAGAAAAUUGAAGAAGAGUCUGAGAUGAUGGCUGAAAAGUUCCUGGGGGGGGAGGUGCCUUUGGAGACAUUUCUUGAGCAAUUUUCCACCAUGAGGAAAUUAACUCAUCUACGGCGAGUAAAAGUGGAGAAACUUCAGGAAGUGCUGCAAAAAUCUCAGUCCUUGCCAGAGCCAGCAGACAGCAAUGAAUUUAACCACCAGUCUCCUUCCCACAUAUCUUCUGGACCUAUAAAUCAGCAGCCACAGAAAAGUUCAGCUGGGGAACCACCCUUUCCUUUACCUUAUAGUCUAUCACCUUGUAUUCCAGCUGGCCCUUCAGCUCAUGGAGCUCUCCAGCCAGGUCCAUUUGCAGGAACACCAGUUACAGUGGGACAUGUUGCCUCCUCUCAACCAAGUGUCCAGCCCCCAUUUCCUUAUAAACCACCCUCAGGUCCUGGAUACCCAUCUGUCCCUUCAAGUAAUUCAGUACCCCAGCUUCAGACAGGUGACCUAUCUUCACCAUCCAGGUACUGUUGGUCUCCAUCCAGAACACCAUCUUCUGGGCAAGGAUAUCCACAGCCUUCUCUCAGGGCUCCAUCUGUAGCACCAGGAUUCCCUCAGCCUAUGCAGCCUCCCUAUUUUCCAUCAGGAGGAAGGCCACCAUGCCCUUAUCCCACUCAGCCUCCAGUGACUAGCUUCCCUGUUCCCUCCCAGCCUCCAUAUCCCACAGGUCCAGAUCUAUCCUUUGGGUAUUUACCAACACCACCUCUUCCCCCUCGGGGCAAUACUUGGUCCGGAUACUAGACCAGCUUUCCAGACAGUAUUCUUUUACAAAAUUAUUUCUUGCUAGCUAAUGAGUCCUGAGAUGAAAAUUGAGGAGGAUCAUCCUGAGGGACAUAUUUACGUAAGCAUUACACUGAUGGAAUAAAUGAUGGAAUAAUAUUGUUAAGAGCUGCAAAGGAAGGCCACUAUUUGAUGGUUCUGUUUGUAAGUAUGAUGAUGGUAGGCAGCCUCUAAUGGAAGCAGUACUGGCCAAGCAUUUGAUUCAAGCCAUAGUAUAAAAUACCCAUGAAGACCCAGAGCUCUUUCUUGAUAUAUCAUGGCACUUUGCUUGCUAAGCUGUUUAAGGCAGACUUAACUGCCAACAACCUGGAUCUGGUCCUCUCUCUCUCUCUCUGUGCGUGCGUGCGUGUGUGCGUGUGUGUAGUUUUCUAAUUUAGUAUGUUAGAAUAUAUAAAAAGUUCUAUAUACCUAUGUUCUUACGCAGCAUCUUUGAUGGAGAAAUCAGUUAAGCCUUUCUGAUGUAAAACAUGCUCUCUAAAGAAGAGGUCUAUAGUUACUCUUCGCAUAAGGAAGUACUUCCUUGACAGUAAUGAUGUUUGCUAACUCCACAAAGAAAGGAAUAGUCUUUACCUGCUCCUAGCUACAGCAGAUUACUGAUCAAUUGCUGCCGGAUAUUGGAGAACCCGUGUCAAUCUAAGGGAGCAUGUUUCUUCCUAAGACUGUGCGCUAACAGCACUGGAUGAGGCCAGCACCAAAAAUGGGUGGGGCCAGAACUAUUUUGUUCUGUCAUUCUCAGCGUCCAUCCAUUUUACAACUUGUGGGGAGAGUUAGCUUCCAACAGAGUCCCCAAGGUGUUCCCCCAUCCCACACUAUAAUUAGGUUUUUUGAAAAACUGCCAUUGCCUAGAUUCUCCUCUUUCUUCCGUAACAACUAACUUGCACUUUCUUGAUUUCAUACCAUGAAGCAGGCCUUACCAUGACUUCUUCAGUCCAUAGUCUACCCUUUGAACAAUUACUCUUGAUUUUGUUUUGAUGUGAGGAAUCUGUGAUCUUGGCACUGCUUGGCAGUCGAAUAGCAUUAUUGACUUAGAGAAAGCCAAAUCACUAUGCAUUUUUAUACUGGGGAAUAAUGAAUGAAAUAAUGUCCUGCUUUCAUCACUGAGUGUAACAACCUUCUCAGGAAUUUGGAUUUGUAGCUUCCAACAUAUCCAGAUCUUUUUCUUUAAUAAUCUCUUAAUUUAACAGAGAAUGUAAGAAGCAGAGGCAUUUUCCUCCUUUUUGUUCAUUGUUCCACUUCCUUUGGUUGACAGGAAGACACACUGGCUAUCAAUUGAUAGAAUACAGAUAUUUAAUGGAAAAGGAAAUAGUUUUGCUAAGCACUUUAUCCUCUUGCUUGUCUGUAAUUUAUUUUUUAAAAAUAAUUAAUAGAUUUGACUAAGUUGAAUGGCUUUCAGAUUUGAUGGAAGCAAUUCCAUAUAUGUAAUUGAUUAUGGUAAUAAAAUUCGAUGAACUGCAUAGAA